AUGGACAGCAGAACCGUGGGAGUCCUCGGGGGCGGCCAGCUGGGCCGCAUGAUGGCCGAGGCUGGGCACCGCCUGGGCGUGAAGGUGGCGGUCCUGGAUCCUCUGGGCACGGCUUCGCCGGCCGGGCAAGUGGCGGAGCUGGCCGUCGAGGGCAGCUUUCGCGAUGCGGACAAGAUCAAGCGGAAGAGCUGCGGUGAUCCCCAACGGUGCUCCUUGCACGCGGCGGGAAAGCCUGAACCCGAGCCUCUGGGCGACAAGAAGACGUUCGCGAGGGGUGGCUCUACAGAAACUGCACACAAGCACGGAGUACCGAUGCCUCGAUACAUGGACACGCCGACGGAGGCGUCCGUGCGGGAAGCGGGGACGUUGUUCGGCUAUCCCCUGAUGCUCAAAGCCAAGAGGAUGGCCUAUGACGGGAAAGGGAACGCCGUCGUGAAGGACGAGGGCGGCGUGGCUGAGGCGUUUUCGAUGCUGGGCGGAAAGGGGCUGUACGCGGAAGCUUGGGCGGAGUUUGACAAGGAGUUGGCGGUCAUGGUAAUCCGCGGCGAAGACGGCGAGCUUCGCACCUACCCCAUCGUCGAGACCGUCCAGGUGGACAACGUCUGCCACACCACGCUCGCCCCGGCCCGAGUCUCGCCGGAAUCGGCGGCGCAGGCCGCGGCGGCGGCCCGGAAGGCGGUGGAGUCGCUGUGGGGGGCGGGGGCCUUCGGGGUGGAGCUGUUCCUGAUGAGGGACGGAGGCGUUCUGCUAAACGAAAUCGCGCCCAGGCCGCAUAACUCGGGGCACUACACCUACGAGGCGUGCGAGUGCGACCAGUUCGAGAACCACGUUCGCGCGGUGAUGGGGCUCCCCCUCGGGGGCACGGCGCUGCGGGUGGGCGCGAGCCUGAUGCUCAACGUCCUCGGGGACCCCGGGGGAUCGAUGGAGGAGACCACCAAGGUGCUCAAGCAGGCGCUGCCGGUGCCCGGUGCUGCGGUGCACUGGUACGGCAAGGCGGAGGCAAGGGCAGGGCGCAAGAUGGCCCACGUCACCUUCUGCGCCGAGACGAUGGAGGAGCUCCGGCGGAAGGUGGCUCCGUUUGGACUGCUUCCGGGACCCGCGGCAGCGGGGGCGGCGGCGGAGGAGACAGGAGCAGCAGCAGGCGAGGAGGCAGGUGGGGGUCGGCGGCCCCUUGUUAGCGUUAUCAUGGGCAGCGACUCCGACCUGCCGACGAUGAAGGCGGCGGCAGACAUCCUCGAGACGUUCGGGGUGCCGUACGAGCUGACGAUCGUCUCCGCUCACCGGACACCGGCAAGAAUGACGGCGUUUGCCACGUCGUUAGAUCAUUGACCUCGCAUCCCUACAAAGCCGGGACGGAGCACGCCGGGUUCUCACCGGACCAGGCUCUCACAUCACCAAGCGCAAAGCGCCGUGAGGUAUUUGGCGAGUUGCAUGAAGGGUGAGCUGCAUCCUGCUAAGGGUGUUCGGCAUCUUGUGCUUACUUCCUUGCGUACGGAUGACAGCUGCGUAUGACUUAAUUUAUUUUCUGGUGCUUUCACUUCCAGAGACAGUUGUAAGCACUGUGUAACUGCCUCGAGGAUGCUUGACCAUUUUGACACAACGUGGUGCGAUCAUCUCCCUUGCGCGGAGUGAGGGUUCUCCACCCCGCACAACGUGAUCUACUCGACCACCAUUAUGGUUACCUCCAAAAAAAAAACG